UCAUAAGAGUGACGCCAGCAAUAACAAACUCAAUUUCCAUAUUCAUUACCUUUGACCUAAAUGUCCCACGUGACCUACAAAACAGUGACGACCCCUCCUGCUAGCUGUCUGCAGCUAACCAAGAGGACCUUCAUGCUGACAUUUUAAUAUUCUGGGCAUUUCACACAAUGGACCAGACUAAACAAGAGGAGGAAUAUGGAUACGACUUAUUCCCGGAGAGAAAACCGGGAGAGCACAAAAAGACCUCAAUCGCAGAGAGCCUGUUCACUUUCAACCACAAGUGUCAGGUCAUGUUACAGUUCGCAGUGGAAACCAGUCCUUACGCCAAACUCCUCCUCAGUGCCAUGAAGAGUUCAGGAUGUAAAGUGUUUAAAGAUCGGCACUUUUCCUGUGAGGACUGUGACGGGACGGUCAGCGGUGGAUUUGACGCGGCCUCGUCUCAGAUCGUUUUGUGUCAGAACAACAUCCACCAGCAGUCCCACAUGAACCGAGUAGUCACGCAUGAGCUCAUACAUGCCUUUGACCACUGCCGGGCCCAUGUGGACUGGUUCAAUAACUUCAGACAUCUGGCCUGUUCAGAGAUCCGGGCAGCUAACCUGAGCGGAGACUGCUCCUUCACCAACGAAGUUGCUAGAUUCAACUUCGGCUUAAAGCGGCAUCAUCAGGAGUGCGUCCGAGGCCGCGCCCUUCGCUCCAUCCUGGCCGUGAGGAAAAUUAGCCGAGCCGAGGCAGAGAAAAUAGUCGACGAGGUCUUCGACUCAUGUUUCAACGACCAUGCGCCGUUCGGACGGAUCCCGCACAGCAAGAGAGACGCCAAGUUUGCGUACAGAGAUUACAUGAACAGGGACCGAUAUUAUGCAAACCUUUAGUGUUGCCACAUUUUCAUGAAACUCCCAAAGGGUGCUGCGCAUGGCCGACUGGAGCUUGGCAAUAUGGUCAGCCUCAGCAGAAUGACUGUGUCAAAACAAUCGUAUCCCUUCAAAAGGGAUUUUCGGAGGAUGAUUUGUCCUUGGAGGAGAAAACAAAGGAAGGAGCUGCGUACAGAUACAUUUCACCUGCUACCUUUUGGACACUAAUUCAGUGUAAUGGGAUUGUAAGGACUGAUUUUACUCUGGAAGUGUUAGUGAUUUUUGUCCUUUGUUUUUAGGUGAUCAAUGGGUGCUGUUAAGGAAAUACAAGAUUGCCUUUUUGUACAUCGGUUCGUGUGCUAUGAUGACAAAUAAGGAUGUAUUUCUCUUGGUGGCUCAUCAGCUUGUUGCCACGUUGACCUCGAUCAGUUUCCUCUAAAUAUACUUGAUUGUAUGUAUAUUAAAUAGAAUCAAAUUGUAUGUGAAUUAAAGUUUAUUUCCUCUGGAAA